GUUUCUAGGUUGGCGUGACAGACGCGGACCAUGGGCAAAAACCAAAACCAAGCAAAAAGGCAAUGGCGGCUACCCGUUGGACAGCCAGCGAGCUUGGCUACCUGAAAAAUCUCAGAAAGAUGUGAUCUACGCGUCGCGAUCGACGAACGCAAAUUCGAGGUGUAUGGCUUGAAGGUGGGGGAGUAUUGUUACCUGCAAGGGUAGAAAUGGCACAAGGUAUGUGCAGAGGAUGGCUGAUAGACGAAUGGACUUGUUAUUGUAUCAAUUAGACAACGAAUGGUGGUCACUCGCAAAUCAAACAGAAAGAUACUACAGCAAGCAGGAAGGAGUGAAUGAGCGAGCGCACCUAAGUAAUGAGCGAGACUCGGCAUUAUCCUAUUCGCUCGGUCUCGGACUUAUACGCAGCCGAGGAAAUAGAAGUGCUUCUUCUAGAAGAGAUACGCGAUCUGGAACCGCCACCAGCCAUAUAUUCUAAACCCGAAGAUAUUCAAGACUUCGAAAUUGCAGGCAGUAGGACAGGGGGGCGAAUCAGCUCCCAAUCAUCAGACCUGGAUUCACCAGGGGUGAAUUCGACGGUCCAUUCUUGGGAUUCGCAUGCCAAUUAUCAUGGUCACUAUGGUAAUAGUGAUCACAGACUUGGCUCCUCGAACGCCAUGCCUUGGUCUCGCGCAAGUCAUGUGGUUAUUUACUGUGACAUACAAGGACAUCUUAAAACACCUACGGGUGUUGUUAGACUCUUAUUGCUUAUAUCCUCUGCAGCUUGUUUGGCAACUUUAUGCAGUUCUGGCACUGCCAAGGUCAGCAUUUUUAUGCUGCCUUUAGCAGAUCGUUUACGAUUCAUGAUCUUUGUAGCUGUUUUCUGUUUCUUGGUCACUGCAGCCCUUCUCUUCCUUGAUAUUUCGCAUGUCAUUUACAUCCUUCCUUUAAAUUGGACUAAGCUGAAUGCUAUAGUAUUCACUGGCAUAGGCUUGUCAUAUGCUGCGAGUAGCGUAUUACUAGCAUGUACAGUAUGGGAAUACCACAGUGGACGCUGGGCACCAAGACGCACACGUUCCCAACUGACUGCUGCAGCAGCAGUGGGACUUUUUUGUGCUCUUUUAGCGUUUUUACUAUCCUGGAUACAUUGUCGUAGUGGAUCAAGUUGUAAAGGUCAAGAUUCCCGUAGUCAUACCCCAACGCAACUUUACAAACCUGUUGACAAUUCUUCUUCCUCUGGGGUCACUUUGAAGGAACGUAGUCCUAAGAGACCGGCUUCAUGGGCCGUGAAAAAUCAGCAAUCGAAGAAACGCAACGCGGACAGUGACACGAACACUAGUAACGGUGGCCAUCGCGGUAGUAAUCAGAUUGAGAAAUUUAAGCAAGGCGCCAACAAGAAGGACCACUGGGCUACGACCAAGCAACAUAUUUUAGAUACACAUACGAAUAAUGAGGAUAUUCAGCGGGAAGAGACCGAAAUUGAGAGGAGACGGAGAAGACGAAGGAAAGAGGGUGACAGUAGUUCGACCGGUGACGGAAACGCGCCAGGUAGUGGUAAAAUUGAUACUAGCCGUGUUACUGCGGAGGAAGCUAAGAUUAGACGAGUGCCGCGAAAGUUACCUCUACAGUCUACAGUGGAGCAAUCUCAACCGUGGUCUGAUGCCGAACGUAGGAAUAGUGGUACUACGCAAAUUAAAAAUAAAACUAGGCGAACGCCAGUGAACAAUGAAGCACAGAAUUGUUGUGAAAUGAACGAAGCUAGAUCGAUCAAUCGAGUAACUCGAAACGGUCUCCGAAAUUGGGAAGCGGAAUGUACGUCUAGCAAUGGUAUAGAAGAAACUACUGAUGCAAAUGUGGUUCGUAACGCCAUGUGGUCCGGACAGUGGCGCCCACCACCAGAUGAUGUUCAACCUUGUUCUAGCAAAACUAUCGAUCCUUACAGCUUUGCUUGAACGUCUUGUGAAAUACGAAGCACACAUUUUAGGUAAAAAACAAACUUGUUCCAUUAAGCAGUUUCUGUGAACAGUUUGUGACAUAAUGAAAUUUUUUAUAAACCAAGUACAUCUAUAUACUUUACGUUAAACGUUUUCUUUUAUUAAAUUGCAAUAGUAGUUGAUACUUAUUAUAUAUUUAAAAUUUCAUAUCUUUCUCUUCUUUGUGUAUAAACUCAUCUGAUUUUAAUGUUUAAUAUUUUGUAAAUGCAUAGUGUGAUUGAAGUAGAGAAUUGUAUCUUGGUUUUAUAUAUUGCAUCUGUGUUUUCAAUUGUGCAUGAAAUCGGAUGUGAUUUAAAAUGUUAACGUAAAAUAUAUAGAUUACUAUAUUCAUACAUGCAACAGGUGAAAAAGUUUGUAGCCCAAACUUACGGAAUAGGACUUAUCAAGUUUGUCGUUAUCGAAUUUUGCAGGACGAUAUUGUGUCCAAAGAUUUAAGAUCUUGUAUAAAAUUAUUGCUGCCUUGUACAUUUUUGCUGCCAAGAAAAUAAGUUCUCUUUAGUUGUUCGGGUCCUGACGUUUUGCAUCAUACAAAACUAGACUGCCCAACUUUGAUAAGCAAAUAAUGCCACUUCAUUCCAAUCAUGUACCAAAUAAUAAAUCUAAGUAAGUUUUAAUGGGAUUUUGUAAGUAUAAGACCACUAUAUAGCACGUAACACUAAUAUAUAUUUGACUAAUUAUUUCUAUUAUAUUUUGAUGCCAACAUAUUUUGAGCUCCAUGCAUACUUGAAAAAAAGCAUUUAUAUAGAACGUGCAGGGAGAAACCGCCUAUUCUUUAAGAUGAAAGUGUAUAUAUUAAAUCUUAAAAGGAUUAUAUACAUAGUAAAAAUGCAGCUAGACCGAUCUUUCUAUCAAUCCUACAAAGAACGGCAGUUGCAGCUGCAAUUUGCGACUGUAAUUUGUCUAUUUAAAUUUAUAUGUAAUUGUAAAUUCUUGAAACAUAAGCACAAGAUUUCUUUUUAUUAUUCUAUACACAAAUUGUACUUUUAAUAUUAUUUAAGGAAAAGUCCAAUAAUAUAAUUUAUUUAGAAAUGCUUAAAAGACUACGUAAUUGUAAGUAAAGUAUGAGAAAAUUAGAGUUGAUAAAGUUAUGAAACAUUUAAAAACGAUGCUUUUAAUAAAGCUUCUAAUAAAGGAUAAAGGAAAAGAUUAUUAAACGCAAAAUUAAAAUUGCUUUCUACAUUCCUCAUUUAGAUUUUAUUUCAAAUUAGAUUUUAUUUUAUUUUAAUUGAGCUAUGAUUAGAUAGCUUAUUAAUAAUCAAUCAUAUAAUAUUAAAAUCAUGAUAUUUUUUUGCAACGACAAUAUCUUUAUAUAUAUAUUUCACACAAUGGCCUUAUAUAGAAUUUUAAAUUUUUAUUAAAGCAAAUUUUGAGAAAAAUGCUAAGAAUAAUUUUAUAGAGAGAAUUUUUCAUUGACUCAUAAAAUUUUAUGACUUGAUUGGUAUUUUUUGCAUUGGAAGAUCGGUUUGGCAUUAGGUUCCCGUAUAAAGAGAAUAGUAUGCGUGGAACGAGAUUAUUCAUUAUAUUAUUCCAAUUAGCUCACACUCUGAAAUGUGCUCAUUAUAUAACAACAGUAGUAUCAUUCUUGCACGAGGACGGAUUUACAAAUUAUUUAAAUUACAUAAGUUUUAUUUAUAACGUACUCACAAAUUCAAUAGUAUUAAUUAACAAAUAACGUCGGUAUAUAAUUAUCUAUUUUUAAGUUUUAAUUGAGUAUUUUCACACAAUUAAGACUCCAUUUCACUACAGAAAUUAAUAGGUUUUUAACUCAGAUUGAGUUAUUUAAAAAAAAUCCGUCCCUGUACCUGGGUCAUUUAUAAGUAUCUUACAUAGUUUUAAAAUUAUUAGACGAAUAGUAUAUAAUUUAUUGUGUUAAUUGUAUUUAUUAUAUUAAUCUCUUAUUUUAAUGAGAGUCUAGUCAACUCUAGUCAAGCACUUUUUUGUACAACUAUAUCUUCUUAAUAAUCCAUCAAAUUAAAGAGCAAAGUAUUUUUUAGUACAUACAUAUCGUGUUAGAAGUACAAUUCAUCUUAGAAAAAGAAACUGUUGAGCGCUUGUUUCCUGAUUGAUAAUUCCAUUGAGUCCCUUUUAAUAUAUAAUAGUGUCACAUAGUCUUCAGAAAUCCUCUGAUAUCUCGUUUCUCCUUCGUUCAGUGUAUCACGACCAUUAUACGAAUAAAUGUAAACAUAUUAGCUAAUCUUGAUUAAGACAACUAUUUUGUCUGAUAACAGCUAUUUUGUCUUUUGAUACGAUGCCGCGAGUGUAAACACAAAUAAAUUACACAUUUAUCGAACUUUGAUGCGUCGACCUUAAAUCAAUUAAUAGUGUAAGAGAAAUGCGUGUUCAUAUAGAUUCGUAAAGAGAAAUAGCAUAUAAUGCAGCAGCUUCGUUGUGGCAAAUAUCGAUGGUAACUAUUUUGUUGGACACAAUAAGAAACAAUAUGUAACUCUUCUGUAUAUGAUUCAUUAUUGGUAUGCUGAGAAUUGAAAGUGUGAUUAUCUUGAAAUAGUAUUUAGAGGUAAUUGAUCGAAUAAAAAGUCACUUGGCAUAAUAAGGCAAUUAGCUUUGAGCUAAAUCAAAGUGUACAAGCACUGCCAGAGGAAGUAUAAUGCUCUUCGAAUGUAAUGUAAUAUUGAUUAAGUUCUAUUAAUGACUUUACAUCCGAGGCUUGUAAUUUUAUGAUUUGUAAUUCGAACUCGCGCACUUAGCUUCAUGUCAUUUUUUUCUCAUUGUUGUAAUAACAGAUUUUUAAAUGCUAAUUGUUAAAUUUUUCAAAAAGAAAAAAAUGUUAUUUGUCAAAUAAUACUAUCAAAUUAGUAAGGAGCAGCUAAUGGAUUAAAGUCAUUAUUAAAUAUACUACAUAAAGAUUAAACUGCAAUUCAACUUCGAUAUUCGCAACAAUUAUUUGCUUCAACGAAGUUAAUAUAAUAAAUAGCAGUAUGUUUGUGAUACAUGAAAAGCACUGUUUCCUUAGAAUUUGUAUGAAUAAAUUAUCAUUCAGGCAAUAAAUUUCGAUUACGAUUAAUAGACGCAGAUUUCUUUAUAUUAAGCUCGAUUGACAAUGACCUGUAGUGAUAGCAUGACAAUCCAAAUCUGUAUAUGACCUGAGAUCCUUGGAAAAUCAGGCGAGUUAAAAGGAAUUGAUAGGGAAGAUUAUUAUGUGGGUUUAAAUGGCUAUUUUAACGAACAUCUUAAUUGAGAAAUGUAUGAUGUCGAAAAUUAGAAAUGUAAUUUCGCAGAAUAAAUUCCUGUCAAUUUAUUUUAAUUCUCCUAGCAAAAUAAUUCAACUGGCCUAAUUCCUCAUUCGUUAAAUAAUAGACAUACACAUGUAACGCGUUACAUGUUCCAAAUACAAAGUGUUCGUCUCAUUUGGAUAUUUCUAAUGUGUUUUAAUAUUUAUGUAGAUGUAGUAUUCGAGUAUUGAUAAUAUAUAAUGUCAUUGUAUUUAUAUAUUUAGUUACAUGUGAAUGAAUAAUGUGAUGCUGCCAAUAAUUAUAGUGAACAUCAAACUGUAGCGACAUAUUAUAGGAUUGUUAGGAGAAUCGUGAGUCGAAUGUCUUUGCAGAAGUCUGAAAAUGGAUAUGAAUAAGAUGGCUAGAUAGAUUACCAAGUUAUAACGCAGAUAUGCGACACUGUAUCUUGGCGAUUUGUCGAGUUGAUAGCGAAUGAUCUGGACAAUAAAUGAUUCAUGAGUCACGUAACACCUAAGUUACAUAGCAUUAUCACGUAUUCUUUUAAAUGUCAUUUUGUACAUCUACGAGUAAAUGAGUAUUUAUACACUAUCAGUGGUGCGGAGUUGUGUGUGUGUGAUUGUGUAUGUUACUUAACAAUAUAUCAAAGCUAGUCAGAGUGAACCUUGUGUGUGUAAUGUUACUUGAACAGAACAAUGUACAUUUGAUAGUAAAUGCGUUAAAUAUGGCUCGAUUGGCAACGGCUAAGUAUAACAUUAUAUUCUGCGUAUAUUGCCAUUGAAAAAUCACAUUGUCACACAAUCGUCCGAAAUACAAACAAAAUUAUCAAAAUUUUUACGCGAUCUGUUCAACUUCACAAGAGUCACGCCUUAUGAAGAAUUGGAGUGUCUAACAGUUUAUAUAAAUCAUAUGAUAAUCUUUCCAUAAUUAAUAAUAAUUAUUUUUAACGCGAAGGCAAAACUAAUGCAAAGGAUGAACAUUUAGAAUAAGAUUCAUAUCGAGCUUAUAUACAUAAUAUCAAUCUGCAAUUACGAAAAUUUUCAAUAUUUUUAUCAUUACUGUUAUAUUAAUUCUUCAAAUUGAUAUUCGAAGAUAUCACACAAAGAUUAAAAGGAAUAUCAUUAUUUGCGUGCAACUUUAAUGAACUUCUCAUCGAAUUAAUGUAGAAGAGCGCUCAAUUGUUGAUAUUAUUGCGUUCAGUCUCUUUCAAUUUUCCAACUAUGUCCUCCAAAUUUUUACGACGUAUGCAAUACUUCGUUUGAUCGCUUCCGUUUAGCAUAGAGGUA